AAUAUAUUUAUUUAUAUAUAUACAUAUAUAACACUUGCUAGCUUGCUGGCUGGCGGGCGAGCGCCAUGGAUGAUGAGUUUAAGCUUUGCUGGAAGAACUUCCAGGACAAUAUUGCUAGCGGUUUCCAGAACCUGUACGACCGCGGCGAUCUAGUGGACGUCACGUUGGCCUGCGACGGAAAGCUACUGCAGGCGCACAAAAUCGUCCUGGCCAUAUGCAGUCCAUAUUUCCAAGAGAUAUUCACGACCAAUCCCUGCCAACAUCCAAUCAUCAUACUCAAAGAUGUGAGCUUUAACAUUAUGUGCGAGCUGCUGGAGUUCAUGUACCAAGGCGUUGUUAACGUCAAGCACACGGAGCUGCAAUCCUUUAUGAAAAUUGGCCAACUGCUGCAGAUCAAGGGACUAGCGACCAAUUCGAACAGUCCGCCUGGGUCCAAUGUGUCCGAGAAGUCGGCUGGCCAAGUGGCAAAUGCCGCCGCUGGCGCCGGUGAUGAGCCCAACAGCACUCAAAGCAACAGCAGCAACAACAACAAUAACAACAAUAGCAGCAGCAAAUCUGAUGCAGAACAGAUUGAGCCAAAGAGCAACUCGCGUACACCCACAGCCUCGCCGAGCACCUGUCGAACGGAUGCCAAUCACCUGUCGUACAUGCAGAGCAAGAGAUCAGCGCCCGCAGACUUCAGCAGCGAUUCGCUGUCGAUUUAUUCGCGCAAGCAGCUGCGCCGAUCUGUGGAUGGCAUUGAUAACGCGGAUAGCGGCAGCAUGGAGCAUUCAUUGAAUGCGGAGGAGUUCUUUAUGCCGCCCAUACCACACAUAUCGAUGGUGGAGCCGCGCUACGAUCUGGGCAGCCUGAAGCGCGAGGGCGAGGGUCAUCAUAGCAGCGUUGGCAGCGCUGCCGGCACGAGUAGUAGCUCGGCAUCCUCCUCGACGGCGAUGGGCACGCUGCGUAAUCCGUUUGUGCCCGCUUUCAAUUUGGACUACAAUAACUUCUACAAGGCAACGGGCAAUAGUGGGUCGGCCAGCAACAGUUCCAGCAAUUUGCCAGGCAGCAGCAACAACAACAACAGCAACAACAAUGGAGGCAACAAUAAUAACGGUAGCAGCCUGGGCAUUGGGCAAACCACUGAGUAUCCAAAUGAGCUGUAUAUGCCCAGCGAUUACUCCAAGAACUUUGCCAACCACAUGGACAUACCGUCAAUCGCACCUGGCGAGCAUUGGUUCCAAGGCAAGCUCGAGUUUAUGCUGAGCCAGCGCGGCAAGCCGCUGCUGGUCCACGACGGGCACACGUUUGGCAUUCAGUACGUGCGCAAGGAUAAGAAAUAUUGGCAGUGCAAUUUGUCGCGCAAAUUCAACUGCAAGGCACGGGUGACGACAACGGACACCGGCGAGAUUAUCGUGACGAACAACGAGCAUUGCCACACGGAGAUACGUCAGCACUUGCGCAAGGAUUAUCAACGUAACAAGGUCAUGAUGAAUGCUUUGAUCAAUUUGAGCACGAAUCGUUUGGCUGAGAUGCGGCGUCACAAUUUGGCCGGAUUGAGUUCGUUGCCAGGUAUGGGUAUGGUAUCGAGUGCGCCAAUCAUUGAUGAGGUUGUGCAGAAUCUGCAUGAUCUGGCCAAGGCAUCGGCUGAAGCAAGCCAGCAGCAGCAACAGCAGCGGGCCACUGAGGCGCUUAAAUAUGAGAACGACGAGCCGCUAGACUGUGGCAUGCGAAAUUCCGCUGCUUUAGAGGAUAUGGCACGUAGUUUUAUUAGCAGCAACAAGCAAAGCCCAAAUAAUGACAAUGACCUAACCAAAGAGCACAAUUGGUCGUGCAAAAAUGAGGGCGCUGAUGUUCACUGAUAGCGUACGAUUCAAAUUGUUGAAGAGCGCGCCAAUGCAACGUUGCAUUUUCGAUACCGAUAACAGCGGGCGCAAUUUUCGAUAAGCAAGCGCCAUCUAGCGCAUUUAGAUGCCAAUUUAAAAAAUAAAUACAAAACAAAUUAAGUACAAACAGAAAGCAUGCAAUAAUACUCAAAUAUAUAAAAAAAGACGAUACCAAAAUAAAUUCCAAAGAAUUUAGUUAAUAAACUACAUUUGAUUAGCGAAU